UAGCUUUCGAAUCGACGCGCGUGCAGCGCUUAACUUAUAUUCUAGCACCGAUCUACACUAAGUAAAGAAAGCAAAUAAAUAUGCUUACGCUGCGCUUAGCUAUCCUGUGGAUAGCCUGUGCCUCCGCCGUGUUAGCGGAUGCCAGGCGCUUGGAGCUGCAGCCACCCAGCACCUUGGCUACGGAGCUAAAGGAGUACAGGCUCGCAGAGCACAUUAUGCCCAGCCAUUAUGAUAUAGUACUGCGUCCCUAUUUGUCGGAAAGUGAUGGCGAUAAGGCAUUCACCUUCGAUGGUGAGGUGUGGAUUGAAAUCGUGCCCACUGUAACCACAAAGCUUGUUGCGCUGCAUGCGAAAAACUUGACGAUCAGGCUUUUGGAGUACUGGGAAAAGCCAGCUGGUAAUGUUAACCCCACGGUGCUGAAAUUCUCAGGCCCGCCUGUAGCGAAACUUGAGGUUGAUCAGAUGGAGCUGACUACAGCAAGUGACUUGGUAAAAGACAAAGCGUACAUACUGCAUUUUAACUAUAGCGGCAUAAUGGAAGACGAUAUGCACGGCUUCUAUCGCAGCUCCUAUCAGAAUGACAAUAAUGAGACCAAAUGGCUGGGCUCCACACAGUUCCAGACAAACCACGCCCGCCGCGCAUUCCCCAGCUUCGAUGAGCCGCAAUUUAAGGCCACGUUUAACGUAACUCUGAUACGCCAUCGCACCCUCAAUUCGUACAGCAACACACGGCUAAUUUCCACCUAUCCCAGCGAUAAGCCCGAUUACUUUGUCGAUGUAUUCAAGAAGACGCCCAAAAUGUCAACCUAUCUGUUGGCCUUCAUUAUCUCCGAGUUCGCCAUACGCCAGGAUGGUCAGUUUGGUGUGCUAGCACGUCCUGAAUACUAUGAGCAGACGCAAUACAGUUUCAAUGUCGGUCGCCAGAUUCUUGCUGCGAUGGACGUUUACUUUGACUUGAAGUACUAUGAAAUGGGUAACGAUAAAAUGGAUAUGGCUGCCAUUCCCGAUUUCUCAGCGGGCGCCAUGGAGAACUGGGGUCUGCUCACCUACAGAGAGCGCAGCCUGCUUGUCGAUGAAUCUGCCACAACGUUGUCGUCGCGUCAGGCCAUCGCUGCUGUUGUUGCCCAUGAACAGGCGCACAUGUGGUUCGGCGAUUAUGUCACCUGCAAAUGGUGGAGCUAUACCUGGCUGAAUGAGGGCUUUGCCAGAUUCUUCCAAUACUUUGGUACUGCUAUGGUUGAGAAAGACUGGGAGCUGGAAAAGCAAUUCGUUGUGGAUCAAAUACAGACAGUUAUGUCCAUGGAUUCAACCAAUGCCACAAAUCCCUUGAGCGAUGAAAACACAUAUACCCCCGCUGAUCUAAGUCGCAUGUUCAACAGCAUUUCAUACAACAAAGGCGGCACUUUUAUACGCAUGAUCGAACAUGCCAUGGGCACUGAUAAUUUCAAAAAAUCAUUACAGGAAUAUUUGAAGAAAUAUGCCUACCAGUCAACCGUGCCAGAGAAUUUGCUGGCAGCCUGGCAAGCGAACUGGCCCGAGAAUAGAUUUAAGGUGAACUCCGAAGCUAUCUUUAAAAAUUUCACCACACAGGUUGGCUAUCCUGUAGUCAAUGUCGAGCUUUCCAGCGAUGGCAAGCAAGUGACGUUCAGUCAAAAGCGUUUCCUGCUUAAGGCAGGUGAUGGCGCAAUUGCUUCUCUGCUCUACACAGUGCCCAUUAGCUACACCACCAAUGUGGAGAAUGACUUUAACAACACCACACCCAAACUUGUGCUGAAGGACACAACUGAGAAGACCACAAUCGCUGUUUCUGGCAAUGCUGCCAGCUGGGUGAUUGCCAACAUUCAGGAGACGGGCUAUUAUCGCGUCAACUACACCGAGGCCAACUGGAAUGCUAUACACAAGUCGCUGCAGGUUGCCGGCUGGAGUGGCAUUCAUGAAGUCAAUCGUGCACAGAUUGUUGAUGAUCUGCUCAACAUGGCGCGUGCCGGCUAUAUUAACUAUGAGCUGACAUUGGCUGUGCUGGAGUACUUGGAAACUGAAACCAACUACAUUCCAUGGACAUCGGCCUUCAAUGGCUUCAACUACUUGGCGAUCCGUCUGGGCACCGACACCCAAGACUUUGCCAACUAUAUCAGACAGCUGACCAACAAGGCAUACAACCAGCUCGGCUUCAUUGAGCGCCCAAGUGACAGUGCUCUUGAGAUUUAUCUGAGAACCAAGGUGCUAUCCUGGUCCUGCCGCUACGGCCAUGGCGGUUGCAUCAACCAGGCUAAUAGCUACUUCAAAUCGAUAACAACAGUGCCCAAGAACAUACGCUCUGUGGUCUACUGUGUGGCGCUGCGUGAGGGUGGCGAGUCUCAAUUCAAUAGCGUGCAUGAGAAGUCCAAGACCGAGAAGGUGGCCACCGAGAAGACUCUGCUGCAGAACUCAUUCGGCUGCGUCAAGACACAGGCCUUGAUUGAGAAGGUCUUUGAGAUUGUGCUCUCCGAGGAGAUUCGUCGUCAAGACAAAUCAGCGGUGCUCAGCACGCUCUACACGGAGAACAGUCAGAAUGUGGAUCCUGUUUUUAAGCUAGUCACUGAUAAGCACGAAGCUCUCGCUGAAGCCAUGGGUGGUUAUUCGGCUGUGGCAACAGUUAUCUCAAAUAUUGCUGCGCGCUUUACGGAGGAGGCUCAGCUCAAGAGACUGCAAGAGUUCAACAAUGCCAGCGGCAAGAAAUUCGGUAGCUCAGAGGCCACGCUGAAAAAUGCUGAGAUCACAGUCCAGGAGAAUCUUGAUUGGGCAACCGCAAAAUUGGGCACUUUCCGCAAAUAUCUGGCAGAGCGCAAUGGUAGCGCUGUGGUAAACGCGUUCAGCAUCUUUUCCUUGCUCGUGGUGGCAUUGGUUACAAUGCUGCGCUAAAAUUAUCAAGAAAAUUCCUCACAAAAGUAUUUGCUGUGUAAAAACAUUUAAGAUUGUUAUCAAUAAAUUAUUCAUACAAACAUA